AGGUACGAAAUGUCCGGCGCCGCGGAUGGGAAAGGCAGCCGGUCCGUGCUGUCCGUGCCCCCCUUCGCUAAGGAGCUGCACCUGGAGAUCGUCUGCUCGCCGGCCUACAGCGCCCGGGGAGGCUACGACCUCAUCCUCUACAAGCACUUCGAAACGCCCCGGCUUGUCCAGGAGGGAGACAUCCUGUGUGUUCCAACAUUUGGAUAUGCUGAGUUUUUAGAAGUAAAUGCAGACAAAUUCCUAAGGUGGCCAGAGCUUUACUUCAAAGUGAGGAAGAUUUUAGGCAUGGUGGAAGGCGAGCAGUCUGAGGGUUACCUGGUGGACACCCAGAACACCUCUCUCUAUCUGGUGGGUUCAACAAACAGCGCUGUCCCAUCUGCCCCAGCCUAUAACAGCCACGAGUUCUGGAGCAGUUUGUCUCCUGCUGGACUUUCUGAUGUCGUGAAGCAGCUCUGUGAUGCUCUUCGGCCUCACCUGAACAGUCAGGCAAGCGCACUGAGCGUGGCUGGCAGUGUUCUUCUCUCAGGGCCAAGUGGCAGUGGGAAACUGAUGGCUGUCAGAGCUGUGUGUAGCUGCCUCAACCUCCACUUCUUCAAGGUUGAUUGCGUUAGUUUGUGCAGUGACACCAGUGGAGCCACAGAGGAGAAAGUACAGAUGGCCUUCGCCCAGGCCCAGCAGUAUCAUCCAUGUGUGCUUCUGCUGAAAGACAUAGAGGUGCUUGGCAGAGACCGGGACAGGCUAGGAGAGGACGCCAGGGUCAUCGCUACUUUGAGACAGCUGCUCCUGGACAGAGACCCAGCACUGAGCCACCCUGUCCUGGUGAUUGGCACAACCUGCAAGCCCCAGGAUGUUCCUAUAGACGUGCGGACUGCUUUCCUUCACGAGGUGAAAAUUGAAGUCCCUUCAGAAGAGCAGAGGAGGUCGAUGCUGAGCAUGCUGACUGCCAGUCUGCCUCUGGGCAAAGAAGUGAGCCUAUCCAAGCUGGCCUGCAGGACUGCAGGUUUUGUGCUGGGAGAUUUCUGUGCCUUGUUGUCCCACAGCAGCCGGGCUGCUUGUACCCGCAUCCAGGCCUUGAGUUUUCCAGGUGGACUGAGUGAGGAAGUGGAGAGAGAUUUUUGCACUGCUGGGUUCCCAGUGCUUGAGGAGGAUUUUAGUGUUGCGCUGGACCAGCUGCAUGACGCCCACUCACAGGCAGUGGGAGCCCCGAAGAUCCCCUCCGUGUCCUGGCAGGAUGUUGGUGGGCUCCAGGAGGUGAAGAAGGAGAUCCUGGACACUAUCCAGUUGCCCCUGGAGCACCCGGAGCUGCUGUCAUUGGGUCUGUGCCGCUCUGGUCUGCUGCUGUACGGGCCUCCAGGGACAGGGAAGACCUUGCUGGCAAAAGCCGUGGCAACCACGUGCACCAUGACGUUCCUUAGCGUGAAAGGGCCAGAGCUCAUCAACAUGUAUGUUGGGCAAAGCGAGGAGAACGUGCGUAACGUGUUUGCCAGAGCCAGGGCAGCUGCUCCCUGCAUUAUCUUCUUUGAUGAACUGGAUUCCCUGGCCCCCAGUCGUGGGCGGAGUGGUGAUUCAGGGGGCGUCAUGGACAGAGUUGUCUCGCAGCUCCUGGCUGAGCUUGAUGGCCUUCAUUCCACCAGAGAGGUAUUUGUCAUUGGAGCUACGAACAGGCCUGACCUCCUGGACCCAGCUCUGCUCCGGCCAGGCAGGUUUGACAAGCUGGUCUAUGUGGGCAUAAACGAAGACCGGGAGUCACAGCUGCAGGUGCUGAGCGCCGUCACCAGGAAGUUUAAACUGGAUCCUUCCGUGAAUCUCACCACCAUCCUAGAAAAAUGCCCGGCUCAGCUGACGGGAGCAGACAUCUAUGCCCUGUGCUCAGAUGCCAUGAUGUGUGCUGUCAAACGCAAGGUGGAAUGGAUCGAGGAAGGGCUGGAUACUGAGACCUCUGCUCUGAUCCUGACCAUGGAAGACUUCCUGCAGGCUGCUGUAAGGUUGCAGCCGUCAGUCUCUGAGCAGGAGCUGCUCAGGUACAGACUCAUCCAGCAGAAGUUUGCUGCCUGCUAAUGCUCAGCAGAGCUGGGACUGGAGGAGUGAUGGGGACAGUGUGUUAAGGGGUGCAAGAGAACAGGCACAAACAGGCACCUACCUGCUUUUCUCUGAUGUCUCCUGGACCCCCCCCUUUUUCAAGCUUGGGUGAAAAAGUGGCUGUGCAAUUUCUUGAGCCAAAGCCUGGUGGAAGUGCUGCUCUGC